AUGCGGAGGUCCCUCGCUCGACUGGCCCAGGGCCUCAAAACAGGCCAGGUGAAUACAUGUCCGAAUCUCGUUCAGAUCCGCAAUGGCACCUUUUACAAAGAACAUCCCUCAGCCAACGGCGACCACUCCCACUCUCACUCCUCCGCAUCUCCAUCCAACCCGCCUCUAUUCCCGAACUUGACCUUUGAACUACCUGCCACAGUCCAGCAUGAAGACCAGCCUGUUCAGAGACGGGACCAGCACUGGGCAGUCGUUAGUGCUACAGACGGCACCACAUUCCUCGAGAUCCUACGCGGCUCAUAUCUCUGUUUCCCGCCCAGCGCCAGAUCGUUCCCCUACCUCGCCUCGGAAGAGAUCGAGCGCAAAGACCAUAGACUCCGCGUCCCGUCGCGGGCUAUUCAGUAUGUCGGAUUCAACAGUGGAAAGGGCCAAGUGUCGAGUGGGAUAAGAGGUGCAUAUCUCAGUGCUCGCUACGAAAGCCGCAGGGAAGAGACCGACUGGUCAGUAUUGCAGUAUCUGAGAGGUGAGACGGAAUUGAACCCUACAAAGGACCCGGCGGAGAAACAUGUCGACGAGCCGCUUCUGCACAAAGUGAUCUCCGACCUGCGGCUGCAGAAGUUGAUCGACAUGCCAGUCAGCAACCUCAGCAACGGCCAGACGAGGAGGGCCAGGAUUGCCAAAGCAUUGCUAGGCAAGCCUGAGCUCCUUUUGCUCGAUGAGCCGUUCAUGGGUCUGGACCCCCCUACGCUGGUCACGCUGUCACCCAUGCUGCGCGAGCUUGCCUACAGAUCAUCGCCUCUUCUCGUGCUCGGGCUGCGUCCUCAAGACCCAAUUCCGGAUUGGAUCACGCAUCUUGUCAUCCUCGGACAGAACCAUUCGGUGGCGUUGAUGGGUGAGAAGAACCAAGUGCUCUUCAGUUUGUGCCGGUGGCUGGACCUGGCGCCGGCGAGGACGCACGUGGAUCGCGGUGAUGGUGAUCCGGCACGCAGACUUGACCGCGAGAUGGCCAGGCUCAUGACUGCAAAGUACGGGCCUCCGCCAUCUGGCGUGGGCGAUGUGUUGAAUGAGCGAGGCAUGUCAAAGCAUCCAGUCUUCGAGCACAUCCACGACCCCAGCUUCGGGCAGUACCUUCUAGAGGACGGAACCAUCGACCCUUCCAAGCUCUCCCCGGAGGCGGCGAAGCGAUGGGAAUCUGCGCAAUCCAGCAGAAAGAGCUCCAGUGCAAGUCUCGACGAUCUCUUAGUUCUGACUACCACGCUACCCGCCCAUUUUGCCGGUACGCAGGAACCAAGAACGCUGGCCGCAGGUGAUGGACAUUCUUCGUCUUCUCCGACCCAGGACCACCUGGCAGCUGGCGACACUGAGCGGCCUUUAGGCGAGCCACUGAUCGAGCUGCACUCGGUGGUGGUCAAAUACGGCGACAAGACGGUCCUAGGCCAUCCUCCCGCUCAACCCGGCUUUUCCGAGCCUGGGCUAAACCUCGCGAUCCGGCAAGGCACGCGGCUCGCCCUCCUGGGGCCUAACGGCUCGGGCAAAACCACCCUGCUCUCUCUGCUGACAUCUGACCAUCCCCAGUCGUACAGCCUGCCGAUCAAAUUCUUCGGUCGCACGCGGCUCCCCAGCCCGGGCCAGCCAGGCCUGUCUUUAUGGGAGAUUCAAUCACGUAUCGGUCAUUCGUCGCCUGAGAUCCACGCCUUCUUCCCCAAGCACUUCCCCGUUCGUCGUGUGCUGGAGAGCGCCUGGGCCGAGACCUACGCCGGCACGCCGCAGAUGACAGCCGAGCGCACAGCCUUGGUCGACCGAUUCUUGAGCUGGUGGGAGCCCGAGCUGAGACAGGACAUUCCUGAUGCUGGCGACAGUAGUAGUGGUGGUGGUGGCGACUCGUCGGGGCUCGAAUGGGCCAAGGACCGAGAAACCCACGCGUUCGGCAAGCUCCCUUUCGGAGCCCAGCGGCUCUUGCUACUGCUCCGCGCCCUCAUCAAGCAGCCCGACAUUGUCAUCCUCGACGAAGCCUUCUCCGGCCUGUCGGCCGACACCAGGGACAAGGCCAUGGCCUGGCUCGAGCGCGGGGAGUCGAAGUCGGAGUCGUCACGCGAACCUACAUCAAUGUCCAUGUCCAUGUCGGGCCAGGGCCCCUUGUUCCCCGGCCUGCAAGACACCCAGGCCCUGGUCGUCGUGUCGCACGUCAAAGAGGAGAUCCCCGACGUCGUUGACGAGUGGCUCCGCCUUCCGGGCGAAGAGGAGGUCAGCGAGCACCGCCGCGGCGUCGAAUAUGGCCGCUCGGCCAGGGGAGAUAUUCGUACUGGCCAAGGCUGGAUGAAGGUCUGGGGCUUCUAG